AAUCAAAAUAGAAGAAGACGUCAUGGGUUUGAAAAAUAAAGUAGUAAUAGUAACAGGAGCAAGCUCUGGUAUAGGAGCCGUAAUUGCUGAAGAAUUUAGUGCGGAAGGAGCGAAAGUGGUAAUUGUGGGAAGAAAUGAAGCUAAAUUGAAUCAUGUCGCUAAAAACUGUAACGACCCCUUAAUCGUGUACGCUGAUUUGUCCAAAGACGAAGAUAUACAAAAGAUAAUAGAUGAGACAAUAGACAAGUUUGGACGAAUAGACAUCUUGGUCAACAACGCAGGAACCUAUGCCAAUGCUUCCAUUCUAAGCGGUAACAUUAUGGAUUCAUACGAUUUUAUAAUGCGUGUUAAUCUUCGCGCCCUUAUAUACCUGACGAGUUUGGCUGCUCCAUACAUUGUUAAAACUAAGGGCAACAUCAUCAAUAUAUCCAGUGUAGUGGGAUCUAUUGCACCCAUAGCACCUGGCUCUUUUUGUUAUAACGUGUCGAAAGCAGGCGUCAACCAUUUCACCACUUGUAUUGCUACGGAAUUGGGAGCACUCGGAGUUCGAGUCAAUACUGUCAGUCCAGGGCCUGUGUAUACUGAAUUCAUAGAAAAUACUGGCUUCCCGGGACCUUGGGAUAUUUAUAAACCUGGAACUGUCUUGAACAGGAUAUCAGAAUCAAAAGAAAUAGCGGAUAUGGUGCUCUUCCUUGCGAGUGAUAAAGCCAAGUCUAUCACAGGAGUUAAUUAUUUAGUCGAUAAUGGUAUGACAAUCAAGCGUUCAUAA